UACUUUCCUGCCGUGUGUGUAUCUGUGGGUGCAGCAUGCUCGACUUGCAAGCAGCAUAAACUACUGUUGACUGUGCUAGUGGGCUUAAAAAGGGCUUGCAGCACAGACACAGGCAUCAUAUCUGUUUAAGCCACAGACACAAGAUGACAAGUCUUGCCUUUGUCUCGCUUCUCCUUGUAGCUAUCAUGGUGUCCACAACCUCAGCUAAGGGUGGGAUAGCCAAUUGUUGUCGAAGACUUUCAACAACUCAAAUCCAACGAGACGGGCUGAAGAGUUACUACAAACAAUAUAAAUCGGCAUGCCCUAUACACGCAGUGGUAUUCACCACGCUGAAAAACAUGAAGAUCUGCUCUGACCCCAAGAAAUUGUGGACAAAGACCAGCAUGGCCUACAUAGACAGAAAGAACUGGCAACACAAACGUUCUACCUGACAAAAACCUCACUGACACAAUAAAGCAGCACUAUUGAAACUAAAAUGCAACGGCCAUAACUUCCACUUUCUCUUGUUUGAGUUCCACAUACUUUUGAAUGUUUUCAUAUUUUCUUCAAAGUCCUCAAAAGGAUAUCUAUUAUAUUUGCCUUUUUCAUGUAUCGUUGUAAUCAUAUGAUGUUUGUUUGAUGACUGUAAAUAUGUAAGUAAUACUUUCAUUGUUCAAUGAUUCUGAGUGACAAUACCUAAUAAAAAUGCUCACAAUGUAACGGCUAAA